CUCGAGGCCAAAGCGUGACGAGUUGGCCUGACGUGCGCGUGCAACCUCGAGGCCUCUGACUGUCACGUAGCCUUUGCAUUUCCAUUGCUGUGAACUUCUUACAUGUAGUAUGCAUAACAAAAGUAUUCCACGAAAAGACCUGACAGAGCAGCCCGGCGACGAGAUGGCUUCGACACUGAUGUUCUUCUCCUCAAAAGCGUGCCCGCUCUGCCAGCGCCUCAGCAUUGAUGUUGGAAAGGUGGAGGCGCAAGGCUACGUGGACGGUGUGCCGGUAAAGCGGAACCGGCUGGAGGUUCUGCAAGUCGAUGCGGACAACCAGGCGAAGUGGGCUCCCGAGCUACUACACUAUCAGGUCAACAAGGUGCCCGCCUUCGUGCUCUUAGACAAGCAAGGUCGCGCCGUGGCAUCAACGACAGGGCCCAAGCCGUACGAGCAAAUGCAGGCGGUGCUGCAGGCGCUUGUGUCGCGGGCCAUGUCCAAAUGAGGGUCUAAUACUCGCUACAAUAUUCAGUGUUAAGUUGGUUUUAAUGUUGGCGUUGACGUUGACGUUACGAGGUUGAAGGGUUGGGCUGGUGAUACCAUAGUGGAUUAACUUUGGAAGUGGCUUGCUCGGAUACGA